AUGGAAGGACCUUUGCCCGUGGGACGUUUUCAGCGACGCAGCCGGCGGCGUGGGGGAGCCUCUUAUGUUUUCAUGAAGUGGCUAGUGGAAACCUUUGGGACAGACUUCCUCCGCGGUGGCUCAGGUGUUCUGGAAAUCUCAGCUGGCAAAGGCGAGCUCGCAUGUUCCCUUCGCAACCGAUACGGCGUUCCUGUCACAGCCGUGGAGCCACGCUCCCUGGACCUCCGGAAAUGCCAUCAGCGGCUCAAGUGGUCGCAGGAGUCGGCGGCGUCGCGAGGUGUCGACACACUCAGCACACUUGACGCACCUGCGCUCCCGUGUUGUCGCAGCCCACGGAUUGUUGCGCCCCGCCACCUACGGAUUUUUUGGCAUACAGGGGUGUGGAAGGACCGGCACUCGCUCCGCGCUGCAUGGGUCGCUGCGCAUGCAGUGCGCUGGUCUUCGCAAGGAUUGACAGAGGUGGAGCUGGAGGCGGAUCACGAGAAGCAGGAGGCCUACCUGGAUAAGGGGGUGCCUUUUCGGCAGUCUACACUCUGGGCCGACUCCGAUGAGCCAGCUGCGGCGGAUGAUGCAGAAGCGUCUCCGCUGCCGGAAGGAGGGAUGGCCUCUGAGGACCUCAAGGAAACGGAGCUGGACGAAACAGGCCGCGUGCUCGAGCUUGGUGGUGGCCUGAAGCCGUCUUUGGCGAUGGUUCGAAGCCUCUGCACAGCUUGCAGUUGCGUCGUGGCGCUUCACGCAGAUCAAGCAGCUGAGAGUGCUGUGCGCUUUGCUGUCGAGCAUGGCCUUGCCUUUGCAGUUGUGCCCUGCUGUGUGUACGCAGAAGACUUCCCGAAGCGACGCCUGCCCGACGGACGGCCGGUCACAUCCCUCAAUGCGCUGAUCGAGUAUUUGACCUGGUUGGGUGGCACUGAUGCCAAGGUGGAAACCUUGCAGUUCAGUGGGAAAAACGUCGUCGUCUUCUCGAAGCCGAAGUGCGCGGUGACCGAAGCUUCGACACGCGCUUAG